AGUGAUUAUACAAGCCCAUGUCAUUGGUACAACUUGCUGGCUUGCUGCAAGUCAGCUUUAUAAGUAGGUAUAUAAUGAGGUGGUUGCAAAUGAUGCUAUCUCACACACCACUUGUUGAAAUACCUUUGCAACAAGUCUGAUGGCCAGCCGAUAACUGGCGACAGCAACAGUCACUGCGUAUUUGUUUCGCUGGGUUGGCGGUCCACGGCCCACAAAGCUCACAGCGACUGCACUGGGGCUCUGCUCGAGUGCAUUCCGUCCAGCAGUAAGGUCAAGUCACGACCCGACCCCGUCCUCGGGGUGGACACGGACUGUAUAAAUGGUCGGACAGCGGGCAACAGAGGCACAGUCAACGUACACCGGCCAACCAAUCAUGAUCAAGCUCAUCGUGGUUGCCAUGUGCGUGGCUGUCGCCGCUGCCAGCGGGUAUGGAAGUGCUCAGAGUCAGCAGCAUGUGCAAAUCUACAACCCAUGGGGAAGUGCCAAAUAUGGAUCGUUCGUGUCACAUCCUACGUACAGCAGCCAUGGCGGUGGAUACGGCGGAUACAGCAAAUAUGGCAGCUUCGUAGGAGGACAAGGACACAUCUACGCAGAGGCCCAGGGAUCUGGUGGAUAUGGACACGGUGGAUACGGCGGUGGACACGGCGGAUACGGCGGUGGAUAUUCCUACAAGUACAGCGCCGAUGUCGGACAUGGUGGAUACGGUCAUGGAUCUGGAUAUAACGGCUAUGAUUCUGGAUAUGAUCAUUAACUUAUAAUCGUAGUGAACUUUAAUUAAAGUAUUGUUAUAAUCCUGGUUAUAAUGUGAAAAUGUUUUGACUGAUAGAACAUAUGAACAAAGGAAUGUGUGUGUAAGUGAGGGCAAUGAGCAUGCGUGCGGAAUAUACCUGACCGCAAAA